UGUGUUUAGAUUUGUUAAGAGUUCAACUUUUUUUUUGUACUUCUGUGGAUCAAAAAUUAAGCUUAGUUGGGAAUUUAUCUGCAUGAGUAAGGAUCUUUACCUCAUGAGUUGUCAAUUUUGUCUGAACAAUGGCUUUUGUUUUUCCUACUUAAAAAGUUUGAAAUGAGGUGUCAUAGAUCUGAAUUGGUGCCUGCCCUAUGAUAUUACUUAUUUUCUUUUCUAUUAGAUGAAGUUUGCUUUGUAGAAAAAGAUGGUAUUUAAUCUGUGGGGAGACAUGGUUGCCUAGCAGUAGGAAUAUGAUACGGUGAUAUUAGUAUGAAUUAUGUGAAUUUUCUUACAAUGAUUAGUGUUAUAGUUUUGAUAGCCAUCUGUUCAUUCUUUUCAGAACCUCUUUAUAUAGAUGAUUUAGAAGAAAUACUCAUUGAAGCUAUGAGUUCUCUCAAUACUGUGAUAGAGGAUGGUAGCAUUGAGGAGGUAGCUGAAAAAAUAAUGAUUAUGCAUGAGGAAUGUUCGGAUUGCAAUUUCAAGUCUAUUGAAAGCCUAAGGGAAGCCAAUAGUCGAAGAGUUCCUACUCCUCAUGUUAAACAGGUUGUGGACGAUGACGAAGACAGUGAUGAGAACGAUGAUGAUACUGAUCCUAGCAUGAAUAAAGAUGAGUCAUCUAACAUGAUUGUGGACAAACCAGAGGCUCAUGCAGUAGAGCCAAAGACCAAGCAGGCAGUUGAAGCAGAAGAUGGUUGGGAGGUAGUCGGACCAAGAAGUAGGGGUAAAAGGAAUUAAACCCCUUAUAUGCAACCCCCGUAUGCUACAUAUCAGUCAAUUUUUGUCAUCGUUUACUCGUGAGGUAGAGUAAUUAUAUGCGGACCCAGUUGUUUCAUACCGUGUGUAAAAAGACGUUGAUUAGUUUUUUCUAUGAUUUUGUGAGUGUUCUUAAAGCAUUUGGCCUAACAUGCAAGUUUAA